CAAACGCAUGCCUGUGCCUCGCGCGCGGGCGCGAAGCCUUUCGGCUGCGCAGCGCUGUCCUUUGGGGUCGCCUCAGCGCGCCCGGCAGCACGCUACACAGUCACGCAUGCAACGAGGCCUAGAAGUUCCACUGAAAUAUCAGGUGGCUAUGAUAGCCGGGCAAGCUACCUAUGCGUUGAGCUGAACAAGGAGUUCCGUGCAUGCGCAAGCCUGGACGAGCUCAAGUCUGCCUACGAAAGCGGAUCCUCGCAUAUGGACUCUGUGAAUCUGGCGACGCUAUGGUACCAACUUGUCGUCUUCGCGAAGCCCUCCACUAACUUCGCCGCAUGCCAGCAGUUCGCGCGGAGUCUGCUCAGCAAGACACUCGCGUUUGUGCCUACGAUGGAGCUGCGGCCACUUUCGAAUGUGAUAUACGCAAUGGGCAAGCUUCGGCUGGACCUGGCGUCAGAGCCCAUGGGCCCCUACCUCACCUCGCAUGUGGAGGAGCGUGUUGCAGAGCUGCUGGAUAAGGAGGGCUUCCACAACGAAAAGGAUAUCGGGCAGCUGUGGUACGGCCUGGCCCUGUGCAAAUACGAGUGGGACAGUGCGUUGCUGACGCGCCUGGCUGCCGGCACCAUUGAGGUUCUGGAUGAGCGGGAGCAUUUGAUGGGCACCGGUGACGUACUCGCCAACAUGGCGCAGCUCGCGGAGUCCAUCUCUAUUACAAACCAGCAGAAGGAGGAGCUGGCGCGGGCGGUAGGCGUGCUCAUGGAUCGCGUCGAGGAGGAGCCGCAGAGCGUCAAGGCACUUGCCGGCAUGGCGUGGGCUUCACUCGCAUUCGAGCUGCCCGUGCCUCAGUCGCUGCUCCGGCGCCAAGUCAAACUGCUGCUGGAGGCACCCAGGCCAUUUACGGACCUCAAAUCACCUCGUACAGGUUUGGGGCAUUGUCUCAGAGACCUCAGCAAACUCGGCGCCAAGCCCGAGACGCCGGCGGAGGCGCAGGCUUGGUUCGAGAUGCUGCGCGACAUCACGCCAACACAGUGGACAUUGGAAGAGGUGCGAGUGGGGCUCGGAACGUUGGCGUCAUGCAACACCUACUCGCCCUCGCCCGAGGCAAAGCAGAUGGUGCUGGAUGCCGCGGCCUCCAAGGGCGUGCGGUCCGCGGCGGACGCGGGCGUGCUGCUGCAGCUGUCCGAGGCGUGGGGCAUUGCGCUGCCGGCAGAGGUGCGCGCUCGUUUAGUGCGCAUGCGUGGCAGCGGCGGUCCCAAGCCGUAGGUGCAUACGCCGGGCUGUGUCGCGAGGCUGUGAGGAAGGAAGAUGCAGUAGAGCAUGUAGUGCCCCGCUGCCUCAUAGCCACGGUAACAUGCAUGGCAGGCCGCCUGGUUGUGUCUGCAGGGGCGAGCGGGGGAUACAAGCUAGGGUAGUGGGGAUUGUGAUUGCAAGUGUGGUUGCAAUGAAGGGUUGCUGCAAGCGCAUGCAGUGGCACAAAGUUGCACUGAGCAGCAUGAAGAGCGGCGUUCGCGUCUGGGGCGGGUCGCUUGCACAUGCAAGAAAGUGGUUGCAGUAGCGCAUGCUGCGCCGCUUUGGGCCGAGUACGGCAUGGCCCGUCCCGUGGACCGUGCCCCUUGGGAAUGUGUGAUGCGGUCAUGGGUUUACUUCACCCUGUGUGUUUUUGACAUCGGAAGGUUGCUUAUCUAGCACGGCUUGGAUUGUUGUCCUCGGGAUGUAUGCGCGCACGGCAGUAGAGACGCAGCAACUGGGCCUCCUGAAGGGAUGCGCACAAAGCCACAAAGCAGUCAGGUUCGUGGCUCUUGAGGGUGGUGGCAAGGGUGGCAAGGCAGCGGCACGGUCAUGAAGAGCAGCGUCAAGGAAGAGAGCAGCAUGAGAGCACAACAGAGACGGUAGGUCGUAGACACCGCUCCAAGCCCAGUGCGUGAUGAUGGCUCAUGGCCCUACUAGUGGGGUACGGUAGGUCAUGUGCGUGCAGCAGCCACGUGCGGGUUGCUAUCAGCAGAGCGCCAGGGAUGUAGCGCCAUAAACGGAUCUUAAGUUACACGCGGCUGGGGCCAGCGGCGUCACGGAGGCAGCGACAUUGUGUGCAUGUGAAGGCAUUGUGGGCUUGGCAUGCCUGUCGCGGGUUAAUCCAGUGUGUGAGAGGCGGCCGGCGGUGGUGCGGUCAUCUGUGACGUGGCGGUGCGAAUGAUUGCUUCAACUGGUAAAUAAAUCCGGGCAAGAUGGCGAGUGAGUGGAAUGCCGUAGGGGGAGCUGCGUGGGGUCCGCUGCACGCUGCAAUAGUAUGCGGCAGUAAGCGGUGACAUGCAUGAGGCGAGUUUCUAUGGAGAUGUAGCAAGCCUACCUAAGACUCCACUACGCGCUCUGCCAUUAGUAUCCCGCCGGCGGCAGCAGGCGCAACAGUGAAGGGGCUGGUGGAUCGAUAUCCCGGCGUGUGUGGAGGGGGUAAGUGGGGGCAGAGCCGCAGAAGCAGGCAUGCGUGCAUUGGUGGUGGGAACCUCAGAAAGGAGGGCGGGACUGGUCAGGGGUUCCUGGGGCUGUGGAGGAGAAGGCAUGCUCAAGACAGAUGUUGCUGUCCUCGAGACUGGCAAGGACGCCUGUCUUCAGGUUUGCCAUGGACCGAAAAGCUUGGGAAA